GUACUCGCCGCGUCGCAGUGUCCGUCCCACACGCUGCUCACUUCACCUCUGCGAGCGCGACGACACCGUACGGCCACGAAGACCUCACUCACCCACCGACCCAUGGACCAGAUGCAGCAGCGGGUCGACACCGGCCGCGGCGGCGACGCGCCGGCCAGCGCCCAGGGCCAGCAGUCCUGUCCAGCUCCUGAUAAGGACCAGCACCAGCAUCAGCCGCCGCCGCCGCCGCCGCAGCCUUCUUCUUUGAACCCGACGGCGGCGAGGCUGCUCCGCGAGGCCAUCGUCUCCCAGCCGGCGCCCGUGACGGGCUCGUCGGACAUCCUCGCCUUCGCGCGCUCCGUCGACCGCGCGGACACGCCCCUCGAGUGACCCUCUCGUUUUGCUUGUGCGGUCAGCUCGCUUGCUUUUUCCUUUUCUUUCUUUCUCCCCCCCCCCCCCCCCCCCCAACAAUCCUGUCUGUCUUGU